AUGUCUGCAAGAAGAAUAGACAAUGGCUUAAUCACGGCCAUCGCCAUUGAUAAAGACAAGAACAGCCAACACGCCUUGAAAUGGGCUAUUGAGAACAUUCUUGUCGAUUCUCCGCAUCGGCAUUGUGUCCUUCUCCACGUUCAACCUAAAGAAGGAAACAUAAGACUAUGUUUACAACAUGACAAUCAAGACGAGGAACAUCAGUUGUUUCUUCCUUUCAGAGGAUUCUGCGCUCGAAAAGGAAUUAUGGCCAAGGAGGUUGUGCUUCGAGAUAGUGACAUCUCCAAUGCUAUUGUCAACUACAUCACCAACUAUUCCAUUUCAAACAUUGUUGUUGGCUCAUCUGCACACAAAUCCUUUUUCAAAAAGUUUAAGAGUCCAGACGUGCCCACCACGUUACUUAAAACAGCUCCAGAGACUUGUGCAGUCUUUGUUGUGUCUAAAGCUAAGCUGAAAAAAAGCAAAUCCGCAAGCCAGGCUCAGAAACAUCGUCAUAGGCAACAAGAUCUCUCUUCUUUGUUGUAUAAUUAUGAUUCAACGAGCUCCUGUGAUUCAGAGAGACAAUCAUCUCUAUCUGCUCAAUACAACAACUCCAAUUCAUAUUCCUCUCAAUCCUUUUCACCACGCAUCUCGCCACCACAAUAUCUGAGUGAGUUUUCUCAGUCAGACACUAAGAAUAGCAGUUAUGGUGUGGUCUCAACUAUGACUUCUUACACCAUCUCUCAAAGUUCCACUACCAAAGGAAGCUCCAUCUCUUCUACAUCCAUGAAUCAACAUCUUGAAGCAGAGGAAGCAUUAGAGAUGCUUAGAGCACUGUCUGAGGAGCAGCAGGAAAGACAUUCAGACAUCCAAGCAGCUGAAAUGGCAAAGCAGUUAGUGAAAAUGGAGAGCCAAAAGAGAAGAUUACUUGAGCUGCAAGCCAAGUUGGGGAAGCAAAAGAUGACCGAUAACGUCUCUUACAGACGUUACAGUACCGAAGAUGUUGAAGAGGCAACAAAUGGUUUCUCAGAUGCUCUAAAGAUUGGAGAAGGAGGGUACGGACCUGUCUACAAGGCUGUCCUAGACUACACUUUUGUCGCCAUAAAACUCAUGAAGUCAGGUAUCACACAAGGCCUGAAACAGUUCCAACAAGAGGUUGAGGUUCUGAGUAGCAUGAGACACCCUAACAUGGUGAUCCUCCUCGGUGCAUGUCCUGACUAUGGUUGUCUUGUUUAUGAGUACAUGGAAAGUGGAACACUUGAGGAUCGUCUCUUCUGCAAAGACAAUACACCUCCACUUCCUUGGAGAGCAAGGUUCAGAAUAGCUGCUGAGAUUGGUACAGGACUUCUUUUCCUUCACAGUGCAAAACCUGAACCAUUAGUUCAUCGUGAUCUGAAGCCAGCAAACAUUCUGCUUGACAGACACUUCACUAGCAAGAUAAGUGAUGUUGGUCUAGCUCGCCUAGUACCUCCCUGUGGGGGUAAUAGCAUCAGUAACUAUCAUAUAACCGCUGCAGCCGGUACAUUUUGUUACAUAGACCCUGAGUAUCAGCAAACAGGAAUGCUUGGAGUUAAAUCUGAUUUGUACUCUUUUGGUGUGGUGCUUCUUCAAAUCAUAACAGCCAUGCCAGCAAUGGGGUUAGGUCAUAGAGUAGAGACGGCGAUUGAGAAUAACAAGUUAAGUGAAGUUUUGGAUCCAAAAGUAUCGGAUUGGCCUGAAGAAGAGACUCUGGAGCUGGCUAAAUUGGCUUUGCGGUGCUGUGAGAUGAGGAAAAAGGAUAGACCUGAUCUUGCUUCAGUACUGUUACCGGCUCUGAAGAGGCUAAGAGAGUUUGCAAGAGAGGAGAACGAACAUAUUCAGGACAUACCAUCUCAGAUAUCAGAGUCUAGCAAAUCAGAAACGCUUGCGGCGGUUCCUAACUCUCAGGUUAGUUUCUUAGGAAAAUGGAUAUAG